GAGAGUUCUCAACAGGAGAGGACGGUCAUUAAAUGGUAGAGUGUCAAGCCGGUUGUGUUAUAUAAAUAGUAGCGGUAGUUUCAUAACAGAAAUCAAACAAAAUGGGAGCUCGUAUCUCCCGAACUGAUUUCGAAUGGUCUUACACAGACGAACCUCAUGCCACAAGAAGAAAAGAAAUUUUAGGUAAAUAUCCACAGAUGAAGAAAUUAAUGGGAAGUGAUCCAAAUUUGAAAUACUCAGUCUUGCUAUUAGUUGUGAUACAAUGUUUAGCUUUAUACCUGGUUCGAGAUGCUUCCUGGCCAAUGCUUCUAGUGGCGACGUAUUGCUUUGGUGGAACAGUUAACCACUCCUUAAAUCUAGCCAUUCACGAAAUAUCACACAAUUUAGCUUAUGGACAUUCUAAACCUUUAUGGAAUAGACUUCUAGGAUUUAUUGCGAAUUUACCAAUAGGAGUGCCGACAUCGAUAUCGUUUAAAAAAUAUCAUCUGGAGCAUCACCGUUACCAAGGUGAUGUAUUGCGGGACGUAGAUGUUCCCUCAGAAAUAGAAGGAAAAAUUUUUGUCAACACGUUUAUGAAGGUUAUAUGGGUGAUUCUUCAACCUCUGUUUUAUGCAAUCAGACCAUUUUUUGUAUAUCCCAAACCACUGAGUAUGUUAGAGGUUAUCAACAUAAUUAUACAAGUUUCCUUCGACACUCUAGUAGUCUAUACUUGUGGAUGGAAAUCCUUAUUUUAUCUGAUUGCUGGAACACUUCUAGGAACAGGGUUACAUCCCCUUUCAGGGCAUUUUAUCUCUGAACAUUACAUGUUUGUUAAAGGUUACGAAACGUAUUCUUAUUACGGACCUUUAAAUUUAUUGACAUUUAACGUGGGAUAUCACAACGAGCAUCACGAUUUUCCCAGCAUUCCUGGCUCCAGAUUACCAGAGGUAAGAAAGAUAGCUCCAGAAUAUUAUGACAAUUUACCACAACAUACAUCAUGGGUCAAGGUCAUUUGGGAUUUUAUCGUAGAUCCAGAAAUCGGCCCGUAUUCUAGAAUCAGACGUAGGAACCAAGGUCAGCAGAGUGGUGUCGCAUCGACUGAAAACGAGAAAAGCGAAUAAACGUAGAGGAUAGGUGAAAAUGUGAAAAUGGACAUAAAUAAGGAUUGGGCUAUAUACUGGGCAUUAUAUCAAAAACUUCAAGAGAUUGUAAACAGGUUUUCUAAACUGUUUAUGAGUAUCGGAGACAUUGAUAGCGUCAAUUUGUACCAUUCCAAUUUUCAUUCCGACGUCUUGGAUUCUUGCAAUUCCACAAAACUAAUGCAUUUUAUGACGUAACUAGAGGGGAACUGCAAAGAUAUUAAUAGUAGCUUCCGGUAGCUCCAUCUAGUGAUGUCAUGAAAGGCGUUAGUUUUAGUGGAAUUGCAAGAAUCACAGACGUCGGAAUGAAAAUUAGAAUGGUGCAAAUUGAUGCUAUCAGUGUCCCAGAUACACAUAAGAAGUUUAGAAAACCUCUUUACAAUCCCUUUAAUUAAAAUGAAAUUCAGAUUUUACAGUAUUGAUUUGCAGUUAUUUGUAUGGAUAAUUUAAUAUCUAUUUAAAUGAUUGACCUAUCAGAUGACUGGACUUGAAAUCAUUUUCAGAUUUUGAGAAUAAGGCCUAUAUCAUGUUAAAUGACAUAAAUAUGUCAUUUGAAAUUACUGAUAUAUAAAACAAUAUGUAUAUUCAUAAAUAUGUCGAUAUAUACAUACAUGUAUAUGGUAAUUUUGUAGAU